UCCAUACACCUUUGAUCGUUCCUCCGAGGCUUCUGCCCCAGUUUCGGUAGUCUGUAGUCGUUGAGUAGUCGCAACUCGCAAGUCUCACGAGACUAAGAGUCGGAGAGCGAAGCUGAAACACUCGGUGGUUUCCAUUUGCAGAUCCAUUCGAAUCACCCGAGACGAUCACUACAUUAGUUACUCCACUGUAUUCCAUAUUCGCGGAAUUCUUCCAUGGAGUUAAUCGACGGAAAUCUCCAAUUGAAAGAGAUUCAGAAGCUUGAAGGCCAUACCGAUAGGGUUUGGAGUCUGGCUUGGAAUCCUGCUACCGGUGUAGCUGGGAUUCCCGCCAUGUUGGCUUCAUGCAGCGGCGACAAGACCGUCCGAAUAUGGCAGCAGACUCCUUCCGGCCGGUCGUCGGGUUCUUGGGAUUGCAAGGCCGUUUUGGAAGAAACGCACACUCGAACUGUUAGGUCCUGCGCCUGGUCUCCGUCUGGGAAAUUAUUGGCCACAGCAAGUUUUGAUGCCACUAUUGGUAUUUGGGAGCAAAUUGGGAAUGAUUUCGAAUGCAUUUCUACCUUGGAGGGCCAUGAGAAUGAAGUCAAAAGUGUUUCAUGGAAUUCAUCCGGUUCUCUACUUGCCACAUGUAGCCGAGAUAAAUCUGUUUGGAUCUGGGAAGUUCUGCCAGGGAAUGAGUUCGAGUGUGUUUCAGUUCUGCAAGGGCAUACGCAGGACGUGAAGAUGGUUCAGUGGCAUCCUUCUGUGGAUGUUCUGUUUUCUUGUAGCUACGAUAAUACUGUGAAGAUUUGGGCCGAGGAUGGAGACAGUGAUGAUUGGCAUUGUGUUCAAACUCUAGGUGAACCUAACAAUGGACACUCAUCUACGGUCUGGGCCCUAUCUUUCAACUCUACUGGAGAUAAAAUGGUAACUUCUAGUGACGAUCUUACUUUAAAGAUUUGGGGGACUGACAGACAGGCAAUGAAUGACGGUUUUGCCCCUUGGAAGCACCUUUGCACUCUUGCUGGAUACCAUGAUCGGACAAUAUUUUCAGUUCAUUGGUCAAGGGAGGGUGUAAUUGCUAGCGGAGCAGCUGAUGACGCUAUUCGUCUUUUUGUUGAGAACAAAGAUGGUUCGAUUGAUGGACCUUCCUACAAUAUGCUGUUAAAGAAAGAAAAGGCCCAUGACAUGGAUGUAAAUUCCGUGCAAUGGAACAACACGGAAACCAGUCUGUUAGCUUCAGCAAGCGAUGAUGGAACGGUGAAGAUAUGGGAAUUUGCCUCUGUACCCUGAUAUAAUCACUUCAAUGUUAAUUUUUUAAUAUAUGUCAUGCAGUCGUAUUAUUAGUUUAUUAUGUGCUUGGCUGUGUAAUUUAUGGAAUUCUAUAAAUUGUCCAUAAAAUUGUUAGUUUUUUCAAGCUUGAAUAGGUGUAUUCAUGAAAACGAGAAUGCAAUGUUUUGUUGACUGUUGUAAGA